CUAAUACAGGCCGUCCAGACGUAACAACGAGAACCCUGUUUAAGUGUUGCAAAUUCAUUCAGCCAAUUUUAGCGUCCACAUUGUUAAGAGCGCUUUAAAACAGUACCGUUCUGUACGCUAACCAAUGCACAACUCGAAGUAAAUUGAAUUUUUAAACACGAAAUUGAUUCACAAUUUGAAUAAAUUACGACCAACAGAAGUUUUGCUUAUUCAACAGCGAAAUAAUUUUAUAAGAAAUAAAUAUGUGUGCAAUGUAAAGAAGGUUUAUGUGAAAUAUAUAUAUAUUUAUAAGUGAAUAAUUACAAACCUUGACAUUAUUUAAAUCUAAUAAAAUACUAAAAUGGCUGUUACAAAUGGCGAUGUCGGUAUUGAGUAAUACGAGAUGACCAGAAAAAGGAGCAAAGGUAGUGAAAGCAACACUGUAAACGACACCAUAGAGCGUCCCAAUUGGUCAAAUGGUUUAGAAUUUCUUAUGUCCUGUAUCUCAAUGUCUGUUGGGCUUGGAAAUGUGUGGCGGUUUCCCUUUACAGCCUAUGAAAAUGGUGGCGGGGCCUUCCUUAUUCCAUAUAUCAUUGUGCUCUUCUUAAUUGGAAAGCCAAUGUAUUAUUUAGAAAUGAUAUUAGGACAGUUCUCAAGUAAGGGAUCUGUGAAAAUUUGGAGUGUAUGCCCUUCAUUCUUAGGCGUUGGAUAUGGCCAAGCAUUGGCAACUAUUUGCAUCAUCACAUAUUAUUCAUCUCUUCUGGCACUGACACUGUACUAUUUAGCUGUUUCCUGUCAAUCGGUGCUACCUUGGACGCAUUGUCGACCUGAAUGGGGAAGUUAUUGUGUGGAUUCCAAUCCGAUUGGGAGAGUUCGGGAUGUCACAACCUUAAAUUCAACGAUUCAACUUCAAAGCAGUUCAGAGAUGUAUUUUUUAAAAGAGGUUAUAAAAGAGAAGGAAGAUAUCUAUGAUGGGCUAGGUGAGCCUGGAUGGAAGUUAACUAUUUCGCUUUUUGUGUCGUGGGUGGUAAUUUUCCUAGUAAUCAUGAGAGGUGUGAAAAGUUCCGGCAAAGCAGCUUAUUUUUUAGCUUUGUUUCCUUAUGUGAUACUCUUCGCGCUUCUAGUACGAGCAGUCACUUUAGAAGGAGCUGUUAAUGGAAUAAUGUUUUUUCUAGAGCCAAACUGGAGUGAAUUACUUAACCCAAAGGUUUGGAAGGAGGCUGUCGUACAAUGUUUUUUCUCGCUGGCAGUUGGGUUUGGGCCUAUCGUUAUGUUUUCCUCCUACAACCGCUUUGACCAUUGCAUUUACAGAGACGCUAUGAUUGUUACAUCGUUGGAUACCUUAACCAGUCUUCUAGCAGGAAUAUCUAUUUUCGGCAUUCUUGGAAACUUAGCUCACAAUCUUCAGAUUACAGACAUUAAAGAUGUCGUAAAAAGUGGAACAGGUCUUGCUUUCAUAUCAUAUCCCGAUGCCAUUGCUAAGUUUCGAGCAGUACCACAAAUGUUUGCAGUACUUUUCUUUUUCAUGUUAUUCGUGCUUGGAGUUGGGUCCAUUGUGGCGUUACAUUGUACUAUUGUUACAGUAAUAUGUGAUCAAUUUAAAUCGCUUCGAUACUGGAAGGUGGCUCUAUUAACAAGCAUUUGUGGAUUUUUGGCGAGCAUAAUAUAUGUUACUCCGGGAGGGCAAUGGAUAUUAAAUUUGGUAGACUACUAUGGUGGAACUUACGUAAUAUUUGGACUAGCUAUUCUAGAGACAGUUGGCAUUUCAUGGAUCUAUGGAAUAAACAGUUUUUGUGAUGAUGUCAAAUUUAUGACGAAAAGGGAAGUCUCUCUCUAUUGGCGGGCAUGUUGGGCUGUCUUAACUCCAAUAUCAAUGAUAAUAAUUUUCGUAUACUCACUGUCGACUAUAAAACCUUUAACUUAUAGUGGAAAGCUAUACCCAAAUUCAGCUAAUGUUUCUGGUUGGAUACUCUUCGCCAUUGGAAUGUCUCAGUUUCCUCUUUGGGCUAUGUGGUAUAUUUGGCUACAUUGGAAUGAAGGCCUAUGGAAGUCAAUUAAAUCAUCUGUAAAAGCAAGUCCCAAAUGGGGUCCAUCAAAUGCCCUUGAUAGAAAGGAGUGGAUAGCAUUCAAAGCGAAAUGUUUGGAGCAACGAUCGGAACGAUCUUCUAACAGUAAACUAUCACAAUUUCGUCAAAAAGUCCAGAACUUUUUCAGGUCGUCUUAAUAAUCUUGACGAUGUAUUUUUAAAUAUUUCCUAAAUUAUUUUCGAGUUUGAAUGAACUUUUACAUAAAAUGUAUUAUUGCCCUUGCCGUUUGAACUAUAGUUUUUACAUUUGUAAAUAAAGUAAUAGUUUUCAUAUUUAUAUGUAUAA